GCCUGACACACUGCUGUCAUCCGCUCUCCAUGGGUUUAUCAGCCUGACACACACACACACACACACACCUUCCUCAGUUCAUCAUAGGUAAAUACUGUAGUACUGCCGCCCUAGGAGCUGCGCUCGCGCUCCUUCUUCCUCCUCCUCCUCCUCAUUGGAGGACUUUUAUGGACGUGUUGUUGCUGAAGUGCUGUUCAGCGCCUGUGCCGCGCCAUUGGGACAGAGCACCGAGUGGGGUCUGAGUGAGUGAGUGAGUGUGUGUUUGUACUCGGUAGGAUGCGCUAUGCCGUGUCUCUCGGCUCUCUCGGCCUGCUCCGGCUGCUCGGCGCGCCCUGGUCGUGGAGCGUGGCCGCUGGACUCGGCCUGUACCUGGGCUCCGGCGGCUGGAGGUACUUGUACGUGGCCGCGCGCACCGCAAAGAGGGACCUCAACGGUGUGCUGAUGCUCCUGAGGGUGAAGCUGGCGCUGUGGCGUCACACGCGUAAUGGCAGCACCAUCCCCUCCAUCUUCGCCCAGACCGUCGCUCAGCACCCGGACAAACCCGCUCUGGUGUACGAGGCCACCGGGGAAACGUGGACCUUCUCUGAGCUCGACCGGCUGAGUAACGGCGUGGCUCAGUGGGCUCUGAGUCAGGGCUGGGGGACGGGGGACGUGGUGGCUCUGUUGAUGGAGAGCAGGCCUCUGCAGGUGGCGCUGUGGCUCGGCCUGGCCAAAGUCGGCAUCGAGUCGGCGCUCAUCAACUUCAACCUGAGGCGAGAUUCCCUCAUGCACUGCCUGGGCGUGUCGGGAGCACGGGCGCUCGUCUUUGGGGCGGAGCUCGCUGACGCCGUGUCGGAGGUAAGCUCCUCUCUGAGCGAGUCUUUGGCUCUCUUCUGGACCGGAGACCCGAGUCCUGAUCACAUGACCUCUCUGAAAGCGCAGCCAUUCGACACUCUGCUGGCGUCUGCACCACGCCAUCCUCCUUCCUGCACCCCAUCCAAGGGCUUCAACGACCGUUUGUUCUACAUUUACACCUCUGGUACCACCGGACUUCCCAAAGCUGCUAUCGUGGUGCACAGUCGAUAUUAUAGAAUGGCUGCUUUUGUUUAUUAUGCUUUCGGCAUGAAGCGAGACGACAUCCUGUAUGACUGCUUACCUCUCUACCAUUCAGCAGGUAAUAUAAUUGGUGUCGGUCAGUGUUUACUCAACGGACUGACUGUGGUGGUGAAGAAGAAGUUUUCAGCCAGCCGCUUCUGGGAAGACUGCAUCAAAUACAACUGUACGGUGGUGCAGUACAUCGGCGAGAUCUGCCGCUACCUGCUGUCUCAGCCUGUGCGCCCGUCAGAGCGUGGGCACCGUGUGCGCCUGGCAGUGGGUAACGGGCUACGCCCCAGCGUGUGGGAGGCCUUCACUCAGCGCUUCGGCAUUAAACAGAUUGGCGAGUUCUACGGAGCCACCGAGUGUAACUGUAGCAUCGCCAACAUGGACGCCAAGGUGGGAUCGUGUGGUUUUAACAGCAUGAUUCUGCCCAACGUCUACCCCAUCCGCCUAGUGAAGGUAAACGAGGAGACCAUGGAGCUGGUGAGGAAUAAGGACGGACUUUGUGUUCCAUGUCAGCCAGGAGAACCCGGGCUGCUGGUGGGCAAAAUCAACCAGCAGGAUCCUCUGCGGCGCUUUGACGGCUACGCCAAUCAGGAGGCCAACAAGAAGAAGAUUACCUACAAUGUUUUCAAGAAAAACGACUCCGCCUACCUGUCAGGUGAUGUCCUGGUGAUGGAUGAAUUGGGCUACAUGUACUUCCGGGACCGCAGUGGGGACACGUUUCGCUGGAAAGGUGAAAACGUCUCCACUACUGAAGUGGAAGGAACCCUGAGCAGUCUGCUGGGCCAGACGGAUGUGGCAGUGUACGGAGUCACUGUGCCAGGUGUGGAGGGAAAAGCGGGGAUGGCUGCUAUCGCUGACUCCACAGGGACCUUUAACUGUGAAUCCUUUCUCCGAGAAGUCCAGAAGGUGUUGCCUCCAUACGCUCGACCAGUUUUUCUCCGCAUCUCCCCACAAGUAGAUACUACAGGUACAUUUAAAAUUCAGAAGACCAGGUUACAGAAGGAGGGAUUUGACCCCCGUAGCACAGCGGACCGGAUCUACUUUCUGAACUCCAGAGCGGGGCGUUAUGAAGCCGUGACCGAGGAAAUGUAUAACGCUUUAGUGGAAGGUAGGAUUCCUCUGUGAGACAGGAUGAGGCGCAGGUCAAGCAAAACCGUGGCAUUUCAUGGAUCAGUAAUUAAGAUGCAAACUGGAUUUCUGUUGUGGCUUGUAGUGCUAAUAUUUAGAGAGACACCGAUUAACAUUUAAUUGAAAAAAUAAAUAAUAAAAAGGUUCAUUUUUUUUUUACAUUUUACAGCGUGUAAACCGUGCAUUUUGCAUAAGACACGCAUUAGGUUAAAGGUGUCCUCGAUGGGACGUUCUGCUACCAGUGAAAAGCUCUGUCUGAUAUGUUGGUUUUUAUUUGGAAAGGCCUGUUACUUUCAGUAGAGGACAUUUCUGAGGUCAUGGCAUUCAUUUAACGACUUGUUCUGAACAGAAGUAUUACAGAAGAUAUUCUCCUGAACAUCAGAGCUGUUGAUUUUUCUUGCAUUAUUUUCUUACUGAUAAUGUGACACAAACAUGGCAGCAAGACGGCAGCACAAACUCUCAAAUUCCUCAUUGUCCUUUAUUUACAACUGUUGUUUUAGAGACAUACUUUUAAGCAAUGCAUAAAAUCUCAUAAAGGAGGAAGUGUAUAGUUUACUUUAAUUAUAGUUAUUAAUAAUGAUGAUAAUCCCUGUCGGGUUGGCAAACGCUGACCUCGAUGAUGUUUUUCACACUGACUGUGUGUGUGUGUGUGUGUGUGUGUGUGUGUGUGUGUGUGUGUGUGUGUGUGUGUGUGUGUUUGUGUGUGAGAGAGAGAUUAACUGGUUUUUAAAUGAUUAUAGAUUGAUAUUUCUAAAGACGUCUACUACAAAGUGCCUUGAAUCUGCUCUCCCCGAAUUUAUGAGAAAAUAACGAUCCGUUCUAGACAAUUUAAUUUGGACUUUCAUUUUUCUUGUUACCCUGUGGGUCAUCAGCACUGAUGGUUGUCCUGUUUUAACAUGAUUUGAAUGGAAAUAAACGUUAUUAAAAACCUGC